AUGUAUCCUCAACACUCCGGGCAGGGUCAACAUGCUCGGCUCAACGGCGCCGGGCGAGGCAUCCCGAACUUGCUAUACAACUAUCAGCAUACCCAACAUCAACACCCUUCUCAAACGCAACACCACCAAGGACUUCAACACGACCAUGGAAUGCCCAACGCUAAUGGCCUAGGCCAUCACUCAACCUUUACCCCAGGUGUGCUUUCUAACUCGAGUCCCUUCAACCCAAAUGCGCUUCAGAAUGGUCAUUCUGCAGGAAACCGAGGACAGCCACCUCCGAACGAAAUGUGGCAGGAGCAAUUGCGAAUGCACAAAGAUGCUGAACGAGCGCAUUCUGCUAUGACCGAUCAACAACAACCGCACUACUAUGCUAGGCUCAGAGCGUCGGAAAACCGAGGAAUUGGUCCCCCACCAUCAGCUAGCCAACGUGCCCACCCGGACGACGAAGACGACGGUGUUGAUAGGAGACGACCCUUGGCUAUUGAGAAGGAGGCAACACGGCAGGACUGGCACAAUCUGGAUAUGAGUGGGCAGGGGUUGCGAAACUUGGCUCCUGAGCUCUUCAAGUAUAAGUUUUUGAACGAGCUCUUUAUCGCCUCCAACAAACUGACACGACUACCAAACGCGAUUGGGGAACUACGAGCAUUGCGCCACCUCGACGCCUCCUUCAAUCAGAUAAUCGAAAUUCCCCCCGAGAUCGGAAUGUGCACUUAUCUCAAGAACCUGUUACUUUUCAAUAAUAACAUCCAAACAUUACCGAACGAACUUGGAUCACUGCACCUUCUGGAGAUGCUUGGCAUCGAGGGCAACCCAUUGGACGCGGACGUGAAACAUAAAAUCAUGGAGGAGGGUACAAAGAGUCUGAUACAUACGCUGAAGGAAAAUACUCCUAUGCCUAUUCCUCCCGCACCCCGAAUGUCCAUCGUUAUACAGGAGGACGUGUCACCUAGUCUGGAGAGGAUCAAGGUUUUCUCGUGGAACAUUCUUUGCGACAAGUAUGCGACACCCCAGACUUACGGUUAUACGCCCACCCGCGCCCUCGACUGGGAAUAUCGCAAAGGAUGUAUCCUGGAAGAACUCCGCAUCAGGGAUGCGGAUUUUCUUGCUCUUCAGGAGGUAUCAACAGAUGCUUUCAAGGAGGAUCUUAGCCCGGAACUUGCUCAGAUGGACUACAAGGGAGUUCACUGGCCCAAGUCACGAGCCAAGACCAUGUCGGAGAAGGAUGCCCAGUCUGUUGACGGUUGUGCAGUCUUUUACAAGCAGAGCAAGUUCAUUCUUCUUGACAAGCAGCUUAUCGAAUUCGCAACGAUUGCCAUCAACCGACCCGACAUGAAAAACCAGCACGAUGUGUUCAACCGUGUGAUGCCUAAGGACAAUAUUGCUGUUAUUUGCUUCUUUGAGUCUCGUCUCACCGGAGCUCGAAUUAUCCUGGUCAACGCCCAUCUCACGUGGGACUCUGCCUUGGCCGAUGUCAAGGUUAUCCAAACUGGUAUCCUCAUGGAACAUGUUACGAAGCUUGCGGAGAAGUACGCGAGGUGGCCAGCUGUCAAGGACAAGAAGAUGAUUGUGCUACCGAUGGGCGACGACGAGGUACCUGUGCCCCAAGCUGAGCCAGGCCCGAGCCAAGAGUAUCGCACCAAUACCGAAAUUCCUCUGCUGGUCUGCGGUGAUUUCAACUCCACAGAAGACUCUUCAGUGUAUGAGUUGAUGUCUAUGGGACGUGUACCACCCGACCACUUAGAACUGAGCAGCUUCCAGUACGGUAGCUUCACGCGAGACGGUAUUGAACACCCUUUCAGCCUGAAGGACGCCUACCACCACCUCAAAAACACCGCCGAUGCAAUGCCAUUUACCAACUAUACGCCUGGAUUUGCCGAUGUGAUUGAUUACAUCUGGUACUCUACGAAUACUCUGGAGGUAGUAGACCUUCUUGGACCCCCCGACCCCGAAUACCUGAAGCGAAUUCCCGCCUUCCCUUACUGGCACUUCCCUGCAGAUCACAUCCAGAUCAUGUCUGAGUUUGUGAUCAAGGGCCGGAAGGAUAAGAAGCACCUCCCCGAUCGUGAACCGGACUUCGGCCCCGGGUCACGCGGUUGA